CCAAAAUUCCGUGACCCGGAAGUAUUUUUUUUGUGUCGCUGAAGGAGACGUUGAUGAUAACAGCGCAGCUAACCAGACAUUCUGGCUAUUAGAACGGCGAAAAGAAAGGCUCACUCUGGGGACUCUUGGAACUUCUGUGUGUGUGUGUGUGAGUGCUUGAAAGAGAGGAAAAAGUGCUUGAAAGAGAGGAAAAAGUGCUUGAAAGAGAGGAAAAAGUGAGUGUGUGUUGCUGCCUAUCUCUGCACCUCCUUGGAGGAUGACCAUGGAAGAGAUGAGGAUUGAAACCGAGACAAACUCCAUGGUCUCCAUGACGCUAUACGCUGUCAUGUACCCAGUUUUUAAUGAGCUGGAGAGGAUCAACUUGUCAGCUGCCCAGACUCUGAGAGCAGCCUUUAUCAAGGCGGAGAGGGAGAACCCAGGCCUAACUCAGGACAUCAUAAUGAAAAUUCUGGAGAAGAAAAAUGUUCAGAUAAACUACACAGAGUCUCUGCUGCGCAUGGCUGCAGAUGACGUGGAAGAGUUCUUAGUGGACAGGCCAGAGCAGGAGUUCCAGGACCUAAAUGAGAAAUCCAGAGCUCUGAAACACAUCCUCAGUAAGAUACCUGACGAGAUCAACGACAGGGUACGCUUCCUACAGACAAUUAAAGACAUCGCCAGUGCUAUAAAGGAGCUCCUGGAUACAGUCAAUAACGUCUUUAAGAAAUACCACUACCAGAACCGCAGGGCUCUUGAGCACCAGAAGAAGGAGUUUGUCAAAUAUUCCAAAAGCUUCAGCGACACUCUCAAAACAUACUUCAAAGAUGGAAAGGCGAUCAACGUGUUCAUCAGUGCGAACAGACUGAUCCACCAAACCAACCUCAUUCUGCAGACCUUCAAGACCGUCAUAUAGGGUUGCCUUGGAGAGGCCAUCCAAUCUUCCAACGAAGCAACAUUAAAAAUGGCAUACGAUCGGAGAGCACCUUUUACCAGAUUUAAAUGUAAAAUGUAUUUAUCUGUGGCUUGAUUUUAAUCGGACAGUUUUAAUUUAUACCCUUGAAGUGCGUUCAACAAGGCUGAUGUUAGCAGUGAAAUACGUCAGCUUUUGAACUGUUAGCUAACGUGAGUGAAUGUUUAAUGGCCAAAAUCUAGCUGAAGAACUUCAGCAUAUGUGACAGCUUUUUUAGUUAUCCCUAGCUACUGUUUAAUUGUUUGAAUCAGCAUUUAACGUUUAGGGACAGUCUUGUUGAUCGGGCUGUGACGAUACCAGUAUGACAAUCUUUUUUCCAUGGCAAAAAUGAAAACAUGAGGCAGGCUCAAAUCUUUGGUCCUAUGAAUACUUGCUGUAUGUAAAAUAUUCUGUGCUAUAUCUUAGAAAAUAAAUAAAUGUGACAACAUAAUGAUAUUUGUUUCCAACAUUAGGGCUGUUUUCCUAAAGAUGUUAAAUCCGUUUUGUUUCUUGCCACGGUAUUAAUGAGUAUUGUGAUACUGGUAUCUUCCUGGCCCUACUUGUUGAACCCACACCUGGUCUUGUUAGAAGUAGAGGAGGCGUUUAUCAGACUAAUUGCCAUUUUUGAUAAUAUAUAUUCAUGUGAUUACUUUACAUUAGGCUCAAGGUAGAAGUUGCCCCUAACCACAUAUCUAGGAUCAGAUUACCUUUCCCCAAUCCUAACUUUACCUGUUACUGGGAUGGAGAAUACAGUUAGCUCCAAAGGUAUUUGAUUUUUUGUUGUUUUGGCUGUGUACUCUAGCACUUUGGAUUUGAAAUGAUAUAAUGACUGAGGUUAAAGUGCAGACUGUCAGCUUUAGUUUGAGGGUAUUUUCAUCCAUGUCGGGUGAAUUGUUUAGAAAUUACAGCACUUUUUGUACAUAGUCCCCCCAUUUUAGGGGACCAAAAGUAUUUGAUACAAAUUCACUUAUGUGUAGUAAAAAGUAUUUGGUCCCAUAUUCAUAGCACACAAUGACUACACAUUUGUUGGAUGCAUUUGUGGUUUGUUUUGGUUGUGUUUUAGAUUAUUUUUUGCCCAGUAGAAAUGAAUGGUAAGUAUUGUGUUGUCAUUUUGGAGUGAGUUUUAUUGUAAAUAAGAAUAGAAUGUUUCUGAACUCAUCUACAUUAAUAUGGAAGUUAUCAUGAUUAUGGAUAAUCCUGAAUAAAUUGUGAAUAAUGAUGUUAGACGCACAGAUAUCAUACCCCCCAAAAUGCUAACCUCCCCUGUUAUUGUAAUGGUGAGGUUAGCAUGUUUUAGGGGUAUGAUAUUUGUCCAUCUGUAACUUUCUCACUCAUCAUUAUUCACGAUGCAUUCAGGAUUAUCCGUAAUCAUGGUAGCAUCCACAUCAGUGUAGAAGUGUAUUCUAUGACAGUCUGCACUCUAACCUCAUUGUCAUUGUAUAAUUUCAAAUCCAAAGUGCUGAAGUACAGAGCCAAAAUAACAACAGCAAAAACUCACUGUUCCAAUACUUUUGGAGCUCACUGUAUCUGACCCUGUGUCAGCGUUUAGGGGCAACUUCCUCCUACAUCUGUUAUAGCUUCUUAAUCAUGCUUUCAGAACGGAAACUAGCUUUCACUACCUACUGUGCAUCUCAAGUGUCUCCCUCUCUUAAGAGAAAGCAAUAUGAUGUUCUAACUCUACUGGGUAUGACCUUUCACCUGUCCAGUCUUUACAGAUGAGUGCAGAGGAAGGGAGCGGUGUGAGGAGAGUAAAUCUUGUUAGAUUGAGAUGCACCCCUAUUCUACUCUCUAUUAGAAGACAGAAAACCAAAAGAAUUCAAGCAUAGAGUUGCUGAAUCCCAAAUAGACUCCUGGACGAGGGGGUAGGGACGGACUAGGGAGGUAUCGAUUUGGGAUUCAUAAAGUAACAUUCUCACACUGUCUGUGUGUGUAGCUACAGAGAGCAUGACUGAGGAGAGAGGAGGGUUUGUAAAAGGAGUCUGUCCCUGAUGUUUAAAGAUGAAGGGAUAGAAACGGCUCCAGGUUGAAGCUGUCUCUGUAUUUAAGUGAUACUGUAUGUCUGGUGGCAAAUGUUCAAUAAAUUGUUUCCUAAUGAUGCA